CGGGGCGCCAGCCGCCGUAGGCCCGAGCAAGAGCGGACGGCGGGCGGGCGCAGCUGUAGCCUGAGCACCGGCGGGGGCUGGUGGGCCCCGCACCUUUGCUUCUCCUCAGCGCCCGCGCCCUCGGACAUGGUGGCCCCCGGCUCUGUGACCAGCCGGCUGGGCUCGGUGUUCCCCUUCCUGCUGGUUCUGGUGGACAUACAGUACGAAGGUGCCGAAUGUGGAGUAAACGCAGAUGUUGAGAAACAUCUUGAAUUGGGCAAGAAACUACUUGCAGCUGGACAGCUAGCUGAUGCCUUAUCUCAGUUUCAUGCUGCAGUAGAUGGUGACCCUGAUAACUAUAUUGCUUAUUAUCGGAGAGCUACUGUCUUCUUAGCUAUGGGCAAAUCAAAAGCAGCACUUCCUGAUUUAACUAAAGUGAUUGAAUUGAAGAUGGAUUUCACUGCAGCAAGAUUACAGAGAGGUCACUUGUUACUCAAACAAGGAAAACUUGAUGAAGCAGAAGAUGAUUUUAAAAAAGUGCUCAAAUCAAAUCCAAGUGAAAAUGAAGAAAAGGAAGCCCAGUCCCAACUUACCAAAUCUGAUGAAAUGCAGCAUUUGCGUUCACAAGCACUUGAUGCUUUUGAAAGCUCAGAUUAUAUUGCUGCUAUAACCUUCCUUGAUAAGAUUUUAGAGGUUUGUGUUUGGGAUGCAGAACUACGGGAACUUCGAGCUGAAUGUUUUAUAAAAGAAGGGGAGCCUAGGAAAGCGAUAAGUGACUUAAAAGCUGCAUCAAAAUUGAAGAAUGAUAAUACUGAGGCAUUUUAUAAAAUCAGCACACUGUACUAUGAGCUAGGAGACCAUGAACUGUCUCUCAGUGAAGUUCGUGAAUGUCUUAAACUUGACCAGGAUCAUAAAAGGUGUUUUGCACACUAUAAACAAGUCAAGAAACUUAAUAAGCUGAUUAAGUCAGCUGAAGAGCUCAUCAAAGAAGGCAGAUACACAGAUGCGACCAGCAAAUAUGAAUCUGUCAUGAAAACAGAGCCAAGUAUUUCUGAAUAUACAAUUCGUUCAAAAGAAAGGAUUUGCCACUGCUUUUCUAAGGAUGAGAAGCCUGUUGAAGCUAUUCGAGUGUGUUCGGAAGUUUUACAAUUGGAACCUGACAAUGUGAACGCUCUGAAAGACCGAGCAGAGGCCUAUUUAAUAGAAGAAAUGUACGAUGAAGCUAUUCAGGACUAUGAAACUGCUCAGGAACACAAUGAGAAUGACCAGCAGAUUCGAGAAGGUCUAGAGAAAGCACAGAGGCUACUGAAACAGUCGCAGAAACGAGAUUAUUAUAAAAUCUUGGGAGUAAAAAGAAAUGCCAAAAAACAAGAAAUCAUUAAAGCCUACCGAAAAUUAGCACUGCAGUGGCACCCAGAUAACUUCCAGAAUGAAGAAGAAAAGAAAAAAGCUGAGAAAAAGUUCAUUGACAUAGCAGCUGCUAAAGAAGUCCUCUCCGAUCCAGUUACAUCAGCAAUUUUUUCUUCAAUCUGGUUCUUUCGUAUAUGAUGUCACUGUGAACUCUCUGAAAUCUAGCGAUGGCCUCUACCUACUUUUACAAGAAAGAGUUUUCACACAGAAUCAGAACGAGGGAAAUAUCAAACCACUUGCCGUUCUAUCCGGAGGAGACGAUGCAAGGCUGCCAGCAAGGAGGAGCCGGAAGGAGUCCGGAUGGCUGGAGGCGGGCCACACGUCCUGGGCACCUGUCACCUCGCCGACUGCCACCUCGCCGCCGAGACGGCUGUUUGCUUCACUUUUUUUCUCCACCUGUAAUAACUAUAAAUCCUGUUCCUAAAGCCUUACCAUAGACUGACUUUAGUCAUCACGGUGGAAAUGUGCAGAGAGUUACUUGUUUUCAGUGAAGAGGGAGAAGCAAAUAUGGAGCCAAGCGCCAACAUCAUGAAGAGAAACUCUCUGGGCUCUGUUGUUUUGCUAAUUAAUGAAGAAAAUAACGACCUUUAAGUUCCAGCCGGGAGGGUCAUCAGCGGUCUUCUGGCAUCCGCGUGAUUGGGAAGGUGGUCACCCCACGCUUCUUGCAGUGACGCAGGAGAGCGCUGCGAAUGUGAAGGGACACUCCUCCGUCCUGGCAGUGGCAGCCUGACGGCAGAGGUCGCCGCCGCUCCCGCAGGCGCCGGGUAACCGGUGCGGCGCUCUCUGGAAAAGCCAGAUGAGCGGGGCUCCCAGCCUUGGCUCUAUGACGCUCCCCGUUAAACUCCUCCCUCCCUUUUCAGUGAGCACCGGAAGUGAAGUAUCGCUGGCCUGUAAAUGGGUAUUUUUCCACAGCAACAAGUAUUCAACACAUCAGCCCGUAAACCUGAAAAAGUUCUAAAAAGAGAGGAUAAAUUAACGCCCACUUCUGAAAGUUCGUGCUUUCUUAACAUGGAUAAAUGAAAACUGGAAAACGACUUCAAUAGUUGACUAAUGUGAAUUGGAUAUAACAAUACUAAUUUUAAAACAUUUUUCUCUUUAGGCAGUAUUAAAAGUUUAAGUAUCAGUAUGAAAGCAGAACUUUUGGGGACUCUGAUAAUGGAAUGUAAAAACUACCCACAGCUUAAGAGAAAAAUACUACUGAUAACCAAGUUGGAAGGAAAAAAGCUAAAAUAAUCGCAGUUUUCAGUUGGCACCAUUUUCUAUUCAUGGUGGAAAAUGAAAGAUUUCACCUUUAAAGCAUGAAAUUGGUCAGAAGCUGUAUGUGACAUUUACCAUGAAAAAAGGGCACAAGACGCUUAAAAAUGUCUCCUCAGUCAGGCUUGUGCCUCCUUAGAGGGACAGGGCACCGGUGACAGGCCCUGUGCAGAGUUUUCAUCGAGUACACACCAGUGGUUAACCUAGAGAAAUUCAUGCAGCUACGUUGAAUGUAGUUGACUUUUCCAUGUUUAUAAAGGAAGGAGGAAGGCAAAUGCUGAUUUCCCGACAAUUAUUCUAAAUCAGAUCAUUCCUUUUUUGUUAGUAGCAGAGUUUAUUCUGUAAUUGCAAAUGAUGUUAAUAGGUGGGGAUAAUUAGUUUUGUUUAAUGAUCUCAUUUGCUGAAUGAUUUAAGAGUAAAAUUAGCCACUGCGUGGCUUUGUGUAUAGUAAACAGACUGUGUUUCAUGCCUCUGUGGUUGAACCUCUUCCGUGCAGUGGAAAGCAGAGCACAGGGGAGGGGAAAAACUGGAGAUGUCUGAUAAGUUAGGCUGUUACUCCUACUGUGGUUGGUUUGAAUGAGACAAGACGAAGUAACUUAAUCCAUCUCGAUUUAGUGUCUUAAUAAAAACAACACCGAACAUUAACUGAAAUGGGUCUCAGACAUGUCUACAAAUAUGGGUACUAUUUUUAUGCCCGUGUAUUUUCACAUUUAAUAAAAAUAUUUAUGGUCAAAUGAGUACUUUGCUUUCAGUCUUUUGGAGAAGUCUGUUUUCCAACUUUGUUUUACACGUAAUCAGCUACCGAGGUGGCAGAGGGCUCCUGCUUGACACGAGCUGCAGGAAGAGCGCAAAAAGCAGAAAUGAUUAGUCUCGUAACCCAGCCCCCCCAGGUCCUAGGACAGUGAGGCCUUAACAGGUGGUCGGUUCUUCACUUUGAGUACCAUUAAAAUCUAACACUUAGGUUGGCUCUGAGGACUUUCCCUUUAUAUCGUAACACACACAUUUCUGUUAAAGUUCUGGAAGGGGUGGUGGGGACACUGCAGCUUAUCUCAGUCAGAUCUCUAACUACAAAGAAAAGGAGCUUUCUUCGUGUAUUCUGCAUGUCCUAAAACUACAGGACAGCUAGAAUACUUAGAGGACUUUCCCAGAAAGCAGUUUCCACAUUCUUAAUAAUCAUGAUAACUACCUUAGCAACACAUCAUCAAUCAGCCUUCGUCUGAAGAUACUGCAAGUGCCUGCAACAGGCCUGAGGGCUGCCUGCCUGCACACAGGAGGGGAGAGCACAGGAGGGGAGAGUCGAGUCUACCAGCCCCUCAGGGGUUGUAAGCCCUGAUCCCCUCCCCCUCCUACCCUCACGCCCAAGAAAUCCAGUCACUUCCAUCUUAAGGCAUAUAGGUCACACCCCAGAGACCCUGAACUCUGCAAACCUCCAUCCAC